CCGAGAGCGGCGGCGGCAGCGGCGGUCGUGAGGAAGGUGGAGGGAGAGAGGGAGAAGGUGAUAGAGGUCAUGGUCUGGAUGGUGUUCCGACACAAUUUGUUUUUGGAACGGCGGCAGGGGAGAGCUCUAGUGGGAAAAUAAAGGGGAGCAUGGAGGAGACGCGGGGGAGGCGAAGGGUAAUGCCAUUGUCAUACAAGGAGAAGCUUUUGGCAGUAGGAGGGUCAGGCUUCCUUGUUAAUCACAGUGAGGAGGAUGAUAUCGUCCAUGGUUGGAAAACCUACUUUGCCAAAAUGAAUGCGGUGGAAGAGGAGCAUGGGGAUAAGGAUGAUUCUGAUGAGGAGGCGACAGAUAAAUCACUAAGGAAAAGUAAAUGGCCGAUCCUACAAGUCACUAAAGAGCAAUAUGCUUCUUGGUGUCGGCCAUGGAUGAAUUCUUUGAUUGUCAAGCUGCUGGGGGCAACGAUUCCAAAACACAUUAUACGAGAUCGAAUAGCAACGGUUAUUUUACUGUCUCCUUUGCUAAUAAAGAGGAUCGAGAUUAUGCUUUUCAAGAAGGCCCUUGGAUGAUCAAUGACCACUACCUGCUUGUCCAGCGAUGGCAACUAAAUUUCAAUCCGCGUAAAGCAAAUGAGCAGAGGAAAAUAGCGGCUUGGGUGAGGCUUAUUGAUCUACCUUUAGAAUUUUAUAAUGUGGAGUCCUUGCGACAAAUUGGAAAUAUGAUUGGGAAGAUAAUCAAAGUGGAUUGGUCUACGUCUAUCUAUGAUAAAUGAGGUUUCGCUAGAAUUUGCAUGGAGAUUGACUUGAAGAAACCUUUGCUACCCUUCUUCACUGCCUUUGGCGAGGAUAGACCGAUAGCUUAUGAGGGUCUGCAUAUGGUUUGCUUUACAUGUGGGAAGUAUGGCCAUCAGAACGAGCAAUGCCCACUUAACAAGGAUACUGAAAAAGAUGGAAAGGAGGGUUAGAAUGAAGGUAAGGCGAGGAGUUUUGAUGAAGGGCAUGUGAGUAUACAAGUGAAAAAUGGGAUAUCGGAGGGAGAUGCAACGACGGUUAGAGAUAGCUCUGCCGGUGACGGGAAAACUAAUUGUAGACCUGGGAUGAUAGUACGGAGGGAUUUUCGGCGAAAAGUCAGUUUUACAAAUAUUGUGGGAUCUGGUGAAAUUAAUAUAUCGCAAAGUCAGGAUGAAAUUAUC